CUAACCUGUUCCAGGUGCCUCGGGGACCCAUUUCAACGGACCGAUCUGGCGCAAUUGAAACGCCGUUUUAACCUCAUGGCAACUGUGUACUCCUGCACCUGAAGCUCCACAUAGUACAACUGUAAGUUCAAGUUGGAAACUAUCUCCCCCUUGGAGGUGACUGACACAGACACUGUGGAGACAAGUGAUUGGUUCCCCAUUACUCACACCAUCCCUUCACAUGGUGACUGAGGCCCAUGAGGGAGGAAGCGCAGCUGCCAACACCAGAGCCCGAAAGGAGAUAUUCUAAUAACAGUUUCAACAGUUCAAUCAUGUAAGCAUAUUCUGCAGAUAAGACAUCUUAAAUAUCUGUAUUACUUAGCUGAUUCUGAUUUCUCCACCACAAUCUUUCCCCAGAAACAGGUUCCAAAACAGAACAAUAGCUCUGUUACUGGUGUGCAGGAUAUAACCUUUAGUCUGUCCAGGAUCAAGAGGAACCAGUCAGUUUCUGUCACAUUCUCGGUUGAGUGCCCAGACAUCAUGGGUUCAUUCUACACACACACAGAACAGUUAGAACAGGCCUAUAUCAAUGCGCGCACACACCUUUCUAUGUUAUAUGAGUUACUUUUUAACAAUCUCAAGCCCAAUGUCUAGGCUUGAAGGAUAUCUUAGUACACAAGCAUUAUUAAGGUUUAACAUACAUUUCCCUCAGGGUCAAUAAACUAUAUCUUUGUUGUAAGUCACAGAAGUAAUUUGCCCUUAUCCCUGGGGCAAAGUAACUUUCCUGAAUUGACCUCGAAAAGGGCAGUGUGUAUUUUGGCAGGUGGUGUGGGAUGAAAAGUCAGUGUUUCUGUGUUGAGAAAAACACUUCUCCACGUUGUCACAAUCACACAGACAGCAAACUGCCCAACAAGUCAUACACUGUGUGAGAAGAACCAGCGAGGUGUAGUAGCUAGCAUCUGUGAACCUAACUAUGUCUGAACUUGAUGUCUCCCUUGGUUACUUUCUUGCUGUUGUGGCAUUUGGUGGAGUCUUUAGAGUCCUUUUCAGAAAAUGGCCUUGUUUGAGCUUUGCAUUAGAGUUCACAACCUCAUUUGUGCUGGUGGCAUGCUUGCUGGAGGUGCAGACCAUUAUAGAGAUUGGUGAGUGGGCAGAGGGACUGGGAUCAGAUGUUACUCUGACCCUACGGUUUGUGGUGCUGCUGACCCAUGGUGUGAUCUGUGCUGGAGCCACUGGAAACCCUUCCCUGACUCUGAUGAAUUUCCUGCUGCUGGAGACCCCUACUCUGCACACUCUGCUGGCUUUGGCUGCUCAGUUCCUGGGGGCACACCUGGCCCUGAUUGUAGCUGGCUACUACUGGGCAAUGGAGCUCAAUGACAUGCACAUAAUUAAGAACCUGCUAUUCAGGGAGUGCAGCACAGCCCUGCGUGUCUCCCUGGUGCAGGGGGUCUAUUGUGAGUGUGUGUGUGCAUUCAUCUUUUAUCUGAUAUACCUCAGCCUGAGAUGUCGCGCUGCGUUGGUUCGGGUGCCUUUCUUUGCAGCUGUGCUCACCCUUCUCUCCCAUGCAGCCAGUGGUUAUACCUCAGCUUUCCUGAACCCCUCCCUGGCCUAUGGCCUUACCUUCUACUGUCCUGGGUUUACCUUUACGGAGUACUCAGUGGUCUACUGCCUUGGGCCCAUUAUUGGAAUGACCCUGGCCCUUCUCCUGUACAUGGGUCACAUCCCCAGGAUUUUUGCAAAGAAUCUGCUGUAUUCCCAGAAGACCCACAUACAGGUGCCAACGGGGGACGGAGAUGAAAAGAAAAAGUGAAAGAAAGACAUCAUCCACCUCAGCUGAGGCAAAAUAGGACAUAUGAGUGCAUUAGGAACACACUACUCAAUUUUGUUCCUAUUGGGAGAAGAUAUUUCAUUAGGAACGGUAGGGUAGCCUAGUGGUUAGAGCAUUGGACUAGUAACCGCAAGGUUGCAAGUUCAAACCCCCGAGCUGACAAGGUACAAAUCUGUCGUUCUGCCCCUGAACAGGCAGUUAACCCACUGUUCCUAGGCCGUCAUUGAAAAUAAGAAUUUGUUCUUAACUGACUUGCCUAGUAAAAUUAAAUGCACUGAGCAUUAUAUUCAACAGCCUAUUCUCUCCUUAAGUUACUGACAAAAAAGGUGUGGGCUGUAGAACAUCUGUACAUUUAUGAUAGAUAGUACAAGUUACAACUCAUAUCGCCUGUGUUCUUACAGAAGUAAUAAAUCAAUUAAA